AUGAGCUCAAAAUGUGCGCGAGGCCCGAUGACGGUGAAUUCGUUGGACUAUUACAUGCAACACUACGUAUUCCCCGUGCAAAUCAUCGGCUUCUUUGUUCUGGCAUUCAUGGUUCUCUACAAUGUUUUCCAGGGUCGCACCAAGCAUGUGGCACAAGUCUCGCUUUGCGUCCUGGCCGUGGUCGACAUUUUGAUAUUCGGUUGCUUGAUGCCACAAAGCAUGGGCAGCUUCAAGUUUCUCUACGAGAACGAGGACUUCCGACGUUUCAACCAAAUGUCGAAAAUCCGAUUUUACGCUUUCUCAAAUCAACUCUCAGCUGUUGACACGUCGAUCUUCAUGCUGAUCAUCAUCGAGAUCUACUUGAGAGCCAAGAACUCCUCGCUCACCAAGGUGCUUUUUGGUGGGAAAUCGGUUUGGUUAUGCCUUGGAGUGGGUAUUCUCGGCGCUCUCCUUUGCUCGUCUUUCCACCACUUCUCCUACUCAACGAAAAUCUGGUUCAAUUGCUCGGAUGAAAACGGAGAGAAUAGCAAGAUGUUCUCAAAGUUGAUGAUGAACCCAGAGUACAUGACGCGUGAGCUGUUCAUCUGGUUGCAUAUGGGCUCCGCGCUUUUCCUUAUCUUCAUCCCAACCAUCAUCAUCUACUAUUUAACGAGAAAAGUGAUCGUCAUGCUGAAAGAGGGAAAGGGCGGAGAUCCGACAAAUGAAGCUAUGGAGCUCUUCAGCAGCUCUGAAGGAUUAUCUCAACAACGUCGCAAAAUCACCAUCUAUCUCCCGGCUGUCGCCCAUUGUUUCGCACUCACACAUAUCCUCUCGAUCGUCCCAUUCGCUUGGGAUAUCUUUCUCUUCAAAAUCAUCGGCUUCACCGGCUAUUCAGUGACGAUUUCGAUCAUGAACUCUCUUCUAAUCGCUGGGAAAAUCGCAAAUUUUGGUUUACUCUACUUGAGCUGUGUGGAAAUGGGAAGAAAUGGACUCUUGACAAGUUUU